AUGUCAAGCUUGGUACCAAACAGCAGGAACGUGACUCUUUAUGAGGACAAUCAGAGCUGUCCAGUGCUAGACAUUGGCCUGUAUGCAACUCUUACUAUGCCAACUCUGCAAGCAUUUGGAUCAAGCUUUGCAGAUGAAUUCAGCGUACUGAUUCAGCUGCGUAGCUCGCAGGACGUGGACCGAAGUUUGUUGACUUUGCUGAACUUCUAUAAUCACAUUUUACUCCAGAUCCGUAUAGGCCCACACAGCAUCACCUUCAUCACCACACAGCACCGUGAUUAUGAGUUUUCAGUGUCAGGCCUGUCUGACUCUCAGUGGCACUGGAUCUCUUUUGGCGUUUCGUUUGAAUGGUUGUCUGUGUAUCUGGACUGUGUGCUGGUGGAGAAAGUGAGCUGGAUGUACCCUUACAUGGGUAUCACUACAGAUGGCCUGCUGAUGGUGGGAGGCAUCCUAGAGGGGUUUGAGACGCCCUUUGAGGGAGAACUGAGACAGAUGACUUUCAUAAUGGGAGACUCAAAUGCUGCCAAGGAUCACUGUGCUUUUUACCAGCAUAUGUGUGAACCUCUGAUAGGACACGGCUUUACUGAUACUGGAAAGAGCACUGAGAGCCCUUUCUUGUCCUUAGCUGACUUGACAGGGGACCAAGCUUUACCAUCAGAGUCCUUAACAGAUCCAGAUGACAUCAUUGAUAUGCGUUCAGUUCGACGAUUCCGGCCUGACUUCAGAGAAUCCCAUAAUCUGUUUUACACAGCAGGCCGCUUUGAGGUCAAAUAUCAUUGUGUAUAG